AUGGUGCGCGUGCCUGAAUCUUCUGGUGACUCCGGAUAUCACCGUGAGUCCGACCAGGAAGAUGCCAAGAUCAAAGAUAAGCCAGGUAUCGGAACGUCGACGGAAGGUGGAUCGCCGUCGUUGCAUCUGAAGACGAUGGACCAUGAAAACAAGCCUCACCCUCCUCCCUUGGGCCCUUCGGGGCCCUCCGCGGAUCGCGAUGAGAAUCGUGAUCCGCCGGAUGAAGCUCCAUCCGUGAAAACGGAAGGAUCUUCAUCCACAACCACUCCCCCCAUACCCCGCUUCUCCGCGAAGAAGAAGUCGCCGUCGAAGCUUGGGAAGCCGAAAAUGAGAGCACCCGACGCGGAGGAGAGUGGAGACGUCAGGACUUGGACUCCAGAUCAGCUGCAGAAGAUCUUCUAUCGGAAGCAGUUCAACGCGUUCCUACUGGAAGAUCCUGUGAUGAUAGUGAUAAAGCCGAAGCUGAUCGGAGAGCUCCAAGGCCCUGUCAAACCCCUGCCUCAAGCAUCCGAUCUCAUGGCCACGAUCACCAGUCUGAUGAACAUGUUCGAAGAAUCUGGGAUUGUUGCUGGUGCCUUUGACGCUGUGUUUCAGCUCAGCUUGACCACCGUAGAGGAGUCGUCGAAGUGCUUGUUCAAGCUACUGAAGCCGCUGGUUGGAGCGAUGGGGUCGCUGUCGAGUCUUGGCCCGAUGGAAGAAUACCCGACCUCUGUCUCCUCAUACUCAGGCUCGACCAAGCCAGUGAUGAUGACGCUUGGACCGUCUGGUGCAGCCAUGCUCGAAGCGAGGAAGAUCAAGCCAGACCGCAUGCAGUCGUUCUUCAACACAGUCAUGGAUCGAUUCUUGAAGGAACAGUCCGAAGAGAAACGUCGUGAACAGCUGAAGGUGCAGGAGGCAUCUGACGUCGACAUGGAAUCGGUGGGAUCAUUCCAUCCAUCCCCGGAUGAAUAUGAUCCUGACGACUUAAGCAUUGACGUCCCACGCCGAGUAGCUGUAGCUUCAGCAGAGGCAGCCGCGCCGUCUGGGGGCGCUGCAAUGAUUCCCCGAGUUCGAAUGGCAGUGAUCUCCGAGCUGAAGGAGUUCUCUGGCAGAGACACUGACGAAGAUCGCGCUCGAAGUUGGCUGGGUAAAGUGAAGUCCGCGUUCAUCCGCGACCAAGCUCCUGAUAGCGAGAAUUGGAAGGAUCUUCUGGAUGGAUUCCGAGUCGAAUACUGUGGAUUGGGUGUUUCCCUCGCGAGGCAGUACUAUCACGCGAUGAAGAGGUCCGACGAGUCGCCACUCGGGUAUCUCCAUCGCCUCACGGUGUUGGGUCUCCGAGCCAAGCUGGCGAUCAAGACUGAAACAGCGGCCGUUCUCCGAGAACACGUGGAACAUUUCAUUGAGACCUUGUAUGAUCGCGAUCUCGCGGACCAGUUGACAUUGCUGCGCCUUGCAGAUGGGGACGCAUGGGUGGACGUGUUACGGUACUGGAAGUACUACUCGCCCGGCAAGUGGUUCAAGCAGGCGAAGAUCACAGGGAAGAUCAACAACUCGAAGGCCACAAUGCUCCUGGACUUUGGUGCAGAAGUCCCAAUCGUAGACACCACGUUUGCUCGAAAGGUUGGCUGCAUCAUAGACGAAAGUCAGAGACAAGAAUGUGUUGGAAUUGGAGAGAAUGUCUACACAACGUUGGGACGCACCACUAUCAAGGUCACACUGACUGGGUAUCUGGUGUACUUCUUCGAUGUUUGGGUUGGCGCCUUGGCUGGUCAAGAUGCGAUUUGGGGGAUGGACGUCAUGGUCCCAGCCGGGAUCCACCUCGAUUUCGCCGACGGCACGACGUGUUUGGCCGACGAAGUCAGGAUCCAGCUGUCAGGACGACGUCCACCGAAUGGUCGAAGCAGGCACUCGCUGCUGCUGGAAGACAACGCCGCGAUCCCCGUCGUCGCAGAUGCGACUGUCCGUUGGGCGGAUCCGAUUGUGACUGACUCGAAGCCCUCAGAGCCCAAGGUGGCCGCAGAGGAAGAGAUCACAGACCAAGGUAGCCAGGUGCACAGAGAAGGAGAAGUUCAUGCGAAACCAGAGGCCGACCUGACCUUGGAUGCUGAAGCAACGGUGCCCACUCUCGUGGAAGACGCCCCUGCAGAUGAAACCCCGAAGAACCGAAGAUUGAAGAUCUGGAGGAGCCGGUGGAGAUCCAACAAGACGCUGAAGGAGAUCGUGAACACGACCGAAGAAGCCAAGAUCGAAGACGUCCAAGCCGGAGACCCCAAGUGGAAUACGCCGGAAGAGAUCAACCGCCUUCGACGCAUCAUCUGGAGGAGGAACCAUCUUCUGAUCUGGAAGGGGAACGCAUUGCCGGCCGCAGCAGUUGGAGUAGUAUGUGACAUCGACGUAGGAGGUGCAACCCCGAUCGCACAACGUGUUCGCCGAGUAGCGCCGCAGUAUCGUGAGAAGUUAUCCGACUUGAUCAAGGGCUUGCUGUCUGCGAAGAUUAUCGUCCCUUGUACCUCUCCAUGGGACUCGCCGAUCGUGAUCAUCGUCAAGAAGAACUGGGUCGACAUUCGCCUUUGCAUUGAUUAUCGCUUGGUGAAUUCGCUCACUCGGCUGAUGGUGUACCCCAUGCCGCUGAUCAACGAUCUCUUGGAGGAUCUUUACAAAGUUUUCGGGUAUUGUUCCUUGGACAUGGCGAGCGGAUUCUGGGUAGUGCAAAUGACGAAGCGAGCGCGGAGGACCUCAGCGUUCAUUACGCCUUUCGGAUUGUUCGAGUGGACUCGCAUGCCGUUUGGAUUGAAGAACGCACCGCAGAUCUAUCAGCGGCUUCUCGACAAUGCCCUAUAUGGAUUCCUCAAGAUCGGAAAUGGCGAGGAUGCGGGAAACUAA